AUGACCCCCAAUAUCGAGGAGGAAGCCUGGCGGGUGUCCGGAAUAUCGAACACCUAUCCCAGCUAUCGCCAGCAUAAGCCUGCCACAACUGAGAGCUGGCUGGAGGGCAAACAUUUGGACGAUGGGGCCGAAGGUCUCUGGCGCAUUAACGAUAAGCUAUACGAUUUGAGCGACUUUGCCACGCGGCAUCCGGGUGGGGCAUACUGGAUCGAGUGCACCCGCGGCACCGAUAUCACCGAACCCUUCGAGUCGCACCACAUUGAGGAACUACCACGACAAAUGCUCAACAAAUUCGAAGUGCGAGAGGCAGCCCAACCGAGGAACUACAAGUUUACCUUCGAUCAGAAUGGUUUCUACAUGACACUCAAGCGGAGAGUGAGAGAGAAACUGAGGAAGAUUAAUUACAGUCCCACCAAGAAGACAGAUCUCCUCCAUACUGGCAUCCUGGCCUCUGUCUUUAUCCUCAGCUGGAUUGGCACAGUCCUUGACUCUUUCCUCGUCCAGGCCCUAGCUGGCUUGGCACUUUGCUGGCUGGCCAAUGCCGCGCACAAUUACUUUCACCAGCGCGACAAUUGGCGGAUGUAUACCUUCAAUCUGACGCUCUUGAGUUUCAGGAACUGGCGGGUCUCGCAUGCCUUAUCCCAUCACGUGUAUCCGAACUCCCUGCACGAUCUGGAGCUGUCGAUGUUCGAGCCGUUUCUGUGCUGGGUUCCCAGUCCCCAUUAUGGCAGUCGACUAAAGCGCUGGAUGUCCGUUGUGGUUUCUCCGCUCUUUUAUGUGUUCUCCUUCUCUGCGACGUUCCUGCAGCGUUUGGUUCUCUCAGUGGCUAAGAAGAACAUCAUGUACUGGGACGAUCUCAUUGCCUUCACACUGCCCCUGUUCCUUUAUCUCACCACUGGCGUGGGUCUGAGUGCUUCCUUAUGGAGCUGGUUGCACGUCCUCGCCGUUGGAGCCUUUUUCUUUGGGUUCAUUGGGCUGACUGCAGCCCAUCAUGAUCCUCGCAUACUGCACGAUGGCGAUGCCCAGCGCACGGACCGAGACUGGGGUCUCUAUCAGAUGGAUACGGUCAUCGAUCGGCGAGACGUCAAGUGGCUGGAUCUCUUGGUGCUCACCCACUUCGGUGAUCAUGCGCUGCACCAUCUCUUCCCCACGCUGGACCACGGCGUGCUCAAGCAUCUGUACCCGGAGCUGAAUCAAACUAUUCAGGAGUUUGACGCAGAGUUAAGGGAGAUGAACCACUGGGGUCACAUCAAGGGGCAGACUCAGCAGCUCCUGCGCAUGGAGGCGAAUCCCGUGCCGCCAGGCAGCAAAAAGUUCAAUUAGUUUGGAGUGUGAUGUGCGCCCCAAGUUUGUUUAGGGAAAAGGGGAGGGUAUGGGUAGUCAGUAAACUUAGCUGGUAGUAAAAUAAUGCUCCAUAUUAAAUAAUAUACUAUAGAAUUUAAAGCUUUUGAUAGAUUUAGUAGUUCAACGAUAAUUAAAUAGUUAUAUAUUUAUUAACAUACUUUUGG